GGCUCUGGCUCAGCGGCGGCUCCGGUGGCAGCGGCGGUGGCGGCUAAGCGGGCUCGGCGGGUCCUGUCCCUCGGGCGGCUGCCCGCUCGCUGCCCAGGGCGACCGGACACACGUGGGCGGCUCGGCGAUGUCCCGCGCCCCGCGACGUGGCGGGCAGGCACCGGGGCGCGGGACAGCUCGGCCCGAGUGAGCCGGGGCCGCGCUCCCGCCUUCGGCCCGGGCCGCCGGGGAUGGCCGUGGCGCCUCUGCGGGGGGCGCUGCUGCUGUGGCAGCUGCUGGCGGCGGGCGGCGCGGCACUGGAGAUCGGCCGCUUCGACCCGGAGCGCGGGCGCGGGGCUGCGCCGUGCCAGGCGGUGGAGAUCCCCAUGUGCCGCGGCAUCGGCUACAACCUGACCCGCAUGCCCAACCUGCUGGGCCACACGUCGCAGGGCGAGGCGGCCGCCGAGCUGGCGGAGUUCGCGCCGCUGGUGCAGUACGGCUGCGACAGCCACCUGCGCUUCUUCCUGUGCUCGCUCUACGCGCCCAUGUGCACCGACCAGGUCUCGACGCCCAUUCCCGCCUGCCGGCCCAUGUGCGAGCAGGCGCGCCUGCGCUGCGCGCCCAUCAUGGAACAGUUCAACUUUGGCUGGCCGGACUCGCUCGACUGCGCCCGGCUGCCCACGCGCAACGACCCGCACGCGCUGUGCAUGGAGGCGCCCGAGAACGCCACGGCCGGCCCCGCGGAGCCCCACAAGGGCCUGGGCAUGCUGCCCGUGGCGCCGCGGCCCGCGCGCCCUCCCGGAGACCUGGGCCCAGGCUCGGACGGCAGUGGCACUUGCGAGAAUCCCGAGAAGUUCCAGUACGUGGAGAAGAGCCGCUCGUGUGCACCGCGCUGCGGGCCCGGCGUCGAGGUGUUCUGGUCCCGGCGCGACAAGGACUUCGCACUGGUCUGGAUGGCCGUGUGGUCGGCGCUGUGCUUCUUCUCCACCGCCUUCACCGUGCUCACCUUCUUGCUGGAGCCCCACCGCUUCCAGUAUCCCGAGCGCCCCAUCAUCUUCCUCUCCAUGUGCUACAACGUCUACUCGCUGGCCUUCCUGAUCCGCGCGGUGGCCGGAGCGCAGAGCGUGGCCUGUGACCAGGAGGCGGGCGCGCUCUACGUGAUCCAGGAGGGCCUGGAGAACACGGGCUGCACACUGGUCUUCCUGCUGCUCUACUACUUCGGCAUGGCCAGCUCGCUUUGGUGGGUGGUCCUGACGCUCACCUGGUUCCUGGCGGCCGGGAAGAAAUGGGGCCACGAGGCCAUCGAGGCCCACGGCAGCUACUUCCACAUGGCUGCCUGGGGCCUGCCCGCGCUCAAGACCAUCGUCAUCCUGACCCUGCGCAAGGUGGCGGGGGAUGAGCUGACCGGGCUCUGCUACGUGGCCAGCACGGAUGCAGCGGCGCUCACGGGCUUCGUGCUGGUGCCCCUCUCCGGCUACCUGGUGCUGGGCAGUAGUUUCCUCCUGACCGGCUUCGUGGCCCUCUUCCACAUCCGCAAGAUCAUGAAGACGGGCGGCACCAACACAGAGAAGCUGGAGAAGCUCAUGGUCAAGAUCGGGGUCUUCUCCAUCCUCUACACGGUGCCCGCCACCUGCGUCAUCGUUUGCUACGUCUACGAACGCCUCAACAUGGACUUCUGGCGCCUUCGGGCGACAGAGCAGCCAUGCGCAGCGGCCGCGGGGACCGGAGGCCGGAGGGACUGCUCACUGCCAGAGGGCUCGGUGCCUACCGUGGCGGUCUUCAUGCUCAAAAUUUUCAUGUCACUGGUGGUGGGGAUCACCAGCGGCGUCUGGGUGUGGAGCUCCAAGACUUUCCAGACCUGGCAGAGCCUGUGCUACCGCAAGAUAGCAGCUAGCCGGGCCCGGGCCAAGGCCUGCCGGGCCCCCGGGAGCUACGGACGUGGCACGCACUGCCACUAUAAGGCUCCCACCGUGGUCUUGCACAUGACUAAGACGGACCCCUCUCUGGAGAACCCCACACACCUCUAGCGUACACAGGCCUGGCGCGGGGUGGCUGCUGCCCCCUCCUUGCCCUCCACGCCCUGCCCCCUGCACCCCCUAGAGACAGCUGACUAGCAGCUGCCCAGCUGUCAAGGUCAGGCAAGUGAGCACCGGGGGCUGAGGAUCAGGGCGGGGACCCCGUGAGGCUCAUUAGGGGAGAUGGGGGUCUCCCCUAAUGCGGGGGCUGGACCAGGCCGAGUCCCCACAGAUUCCUAGUGGAGGAUGUGGAGAGGAGGGGGCAGAAGGGUCCAGCCGGAGUUUAUUUAAUGAUGUAAUUUAUUGUUGUGUUCCUCUGGACGCUGUGACUGGAAUAAACCCCCACGUGGCA